AUGGCGUCAGUGUCUUCUCUGGAGGAGGAUUCCUUCACUUGUCCAGUCUGCCUGGAGCUGUUGAGGGAUCCAGUGACAACGGCCUGUGGACAUAAUUUCUGUAUGAAAUGCAUUAAGGGCUGCUGGGAUCAGGAGGAUAGUAAAGGAGAAUACAGCUGCCCCUUGUGCAAACACACCUUCAACUCCAGGCCUGUCCUCCACAAAAACAUUCUGAUGGCUGAAAUGGUUGAGAAGUUUGGGAAGAUCACCAUCCAAGUUGCUGCUAAUGCUCGCUGUUAUGCUGGACCUGGAGAUGUGGCCUGUGACGUCUGCACCAGUAGAAAACUCAAAGCUGUCAAAUCCUGCCAAGAGUGUCUUCUGUCGUACUGUGACGCUCAUCUAAAAACCCACAAUGGUCUUAUAGGUAGAAAUCACACCAUAAUCGAUGCCACAGGCCAGCUACAGGAGAGGAUUUGUCCCCGUCAUAAGAAGGUUUUUGAAAUGUUCUGCCGCACGGACCAGAGUUGCAUCUGUCUUCUGUGUAUGGUGGACGAUCAUAAAGGUCAUGACACAAUCACAGCUACGGCAGAGUGGAGUCAUAAAAAGGAGGGGUUGGGGAAGAGCCAGAGGAGAUGCCAUCAGAUAAUACAGUUGAAGGAGAAGGAGCUGCAGGAGCUGAGGAAGGCUGUGGAGACUCUCAAGUCUGGUGCACAUACAGCAGUGGAGGAGAGUGAGAGGAUAUUUACUGAGCUGAUCCACUCCAUUGAGAGAAGGCGCUCUGAGGUGACAGAGCUGAUCAGAGCUCAGGAGAAGGCUGAGGUGAGUCGAGCUGAAGGACUCCUGAAGCGACUGGAGCAGGAGAUUGCUGAGCUGAAGAGGACAGAUGCUGAGAUGAAGCAGCUUUCACUGACACAGGAUUCCAUCCAUUUCCUCAAGAAUAUUGUGUCCAUCACUGGGAGGCCUUACAGCACAAUUUCAACCAGCGUGACCAUCAGCCAAAGCUUCUCCUUGGAGCCCCUGAAGAAAUCUGUGUCUGCACUAAAGACGCAUCUGGAGGAGAAACUAGAGUCAGUCUUCAAGCAGGAAAUAGUCAAGAUAUCUUCUGCAGGUUUGACAUCUUCAACACACAUCUUCAAUAAGCUUUUCAAACCAGUGACCAGAGAGGACUUCAUGAAGUAUUCCUGUCACUUCACUCUGGAUCCAAACACAGCAUACAGAGCCCUCCAUCUGUCUGAGGGGAACAGGAGGGUGGAGUGUAGACCUGGGGCCCAGUCAUAUCCUGAUCAUCCAGACAGAUUUUCUACGUGGUUUCAGGUGCUGUGUAGAGAGGGUGUGUCUUCACGCUGCUACUGGGAGGUUGAGUGGAGUGGUGUGAAUGUUGAAAUAGCAGUGGCAUAUAAAAGCAUCAGCAGGAAAGGAGAGGGUUAUAUGAGUGGGUUUGGAUAUAAUGAUCAGUCCUGGAGUCUGUACCACUCCAUCAUCAGCUCCUCUUUCUGGCACAAUAAUAAAGAGACUAAACUCCCUCUAGUGGCCAGCUCCAGAAUAGGAGUGUAUGUGGAUCACAGGGCAGGAACUCUGGCCUUCUACAGCAUCUCUGGAGACACAAUGACCCUCCUGCACAGAGUCCACACCACAUUCACACACACUCUCUACCCUGGGUUUUAUGUAGAUAGUAGAUCAUCAGUGAAGCUGUUGUAA